AUGUCCAAUCCUCCUUCCACACCUCCACGGUUGAGAAACUCAUCCCAAGCGGUAUUUCACACCACUUUUCGAACUCCCAAGACACCGAAGAGCUCCGGAUCGAAAGGAAAGGAAAUUCCCUUUGUUACUCCGUCUUCAUCCACUAAAAAACCGAAGGGCUUGUUUGUGACCCCGAGGAAGCACCAACAACACCAGCAGCACCAGCAACACCAACUGCACCAACUGCAACUGCUGCUGAGCAACUUCUUACAGUUACCAUCUUCAUCCAACCAUGGUUUUGCUUCCCUCAUGCCCAUAACUCCUGAAGUGACCCCAUUGAGAUCUCCCAACAGAUCCACUCGCAAGAAACGUAUACAUGUCGACGAGAUCACCCCGGACAAUCCAGUGCAAAAGCUUUCCAGGGCUAGCGAAAGCAUUUCAGAUUUCUCAUUCGGGCUCCUCUUACCUGCUCCUUCAACCAUUGGUAUGGGCAGAAAGAUACCUAGUCCAACAAUUAAAUCUGCUCCAUUAAACUCAUCACCAACUUUGGAUUCUGAUUUCUUCGCAAACAUUGCACACGAGGAGGACGUUGAGGACUACCCGUCGCCUUCUUCUUCGCCUUUCCUCCUCAAGAACAAUAACUUGAGCUUCAUGCCCCCAAUCGAUUAUGAACAUAUACAGUCAUCUCCCACGAAGGCUGCUCCUCCUCCUUUGGCACUUCCCGCAACAGCUCCGGGACCCGUUCGUGGUACAUCCAUUUCAAAAUCAAAGUUUAAUACCCCUAAAUUACCCCAAUCCCAUAUACUAACCACUCCAAAAUUGAUGCAAACCCCUAAAAUGCCUCAAACGCCAGUGGGUCAGUUGAUUGACGAAGAUAUAGUGUACAAAUGGCACGGUAAGUCGUUCAAUUCCGAUUAUUCUACAGACGAUGAAGCCCAUUACAGAGACAAUAUUGAGACUGAAGACGUUGAAAAUCCUUUUGUCUCACCAAGCACUCAUCAGCUACCACAGUUCAAGCCUCCGUUUACACCCAAGUCUAAGAGCCAAUCCAAUGUCGACUACUCGACUCACAUGGAAUUAGUAAACAACAGAACUGGAGAAAGAAGUAUUGUUGCAUUACUGCAUGAACAAGCCAGCAUAAAGCCAAAGAGAUUAGACUUCAGCUCGUUCAAGUGA